AUGGACAGCGUCAAAGUAUCAAAAGCUAAUACUCAUGGCGCUAAAGACAAUACACAAAAUGAAGUUAAUAGGGAAGAAGCCUCAGCUUCCCACGUUGACUCCACUGCGCCUCCCAACGCCGCUUCGCCUAAUGCUUUACCAACUCUCACCCAAGUAACAGAUAAUUCUUUACACAUUCCCAAAGUAGAAGCACAACCACAGCAACUUGCUGUUACUGGUUCAAAUAAAGAUAAUUCUAUUUCCCCUUCAACUACCUCGAUUGUUCCUUCUCAACCUUCAACUGCUGUAACGGUUAGUUGGUCUUCAAACUCUCCCUCUGACGGAAAAUCAACAAUGUCAAAUUCUUCUAUCUCCGAUUCUACACAAAAACAAGCCCUUUCAACUCCUCAAAAUGAUACAACCAAUGAUCCAAAAGAGUUGAUUAAUUUUCCAUCUUCUACACCUAUAGACUCUACUCAACUAGGAUCAUUCAAUCAAUUUUCUGUUAAUCCAGAACAAACGACUCUUGGUCAACCUAAUAGUCCCAGUCCUGCAAAGGCAAAACCAUUCGUCUGCGGGACGUGUAAUCAAACAUUUAGUCGACAACAUAAUCUUAAAUCUCAUGCUUUAACACAUUCUCAAGAAAAACCUUUUCAAUGUAAUAUAUGUCAGCAUUUCUUUCGUAGGCAACAUGAUUUGAAAAGGCAUAUGAAGUUGCAUACAGGUGAAAAACCGUAUCAAUGCACUUAUUGUAAGAGAAGUUUUGCAAGGUUAGAUGCAUUGAAUAGACACUUACGAGCAGAAAGCUUUUGCGGUGGUCCACAGAAAAAAUUAUAUCAAGGUUCAGAUUCAAAGUCGGCAGAGCAAGUACAGCAACAGCCACCAGUUCAACUUUCGCCACAACAAACUACGCCACAGCCACAACUAAUGUCUACAACUCAGCCGCAAUCAAAGACAGCAUUACAAUCUGAUCCAAAAUCAAAUUCAUCGCCAGUAUCGAAUCCAUCGACCAAUUCUCAUUCAAAAAUUGACUUAUCGAGACAAACUCAAGAUUAUUACAAACGACAGCAAAUGAUGAACCAGGAAUAUCAUUCAUGGUCUCAUCAAUUAAAAAAUCAACAACCAUCAUCUAAUCAACCUAAUGCAAUACCAACAAAAUCAAUCACCUCAAACAUCAUAAUUCCAAAUAACGCACAUCAUCAGAUCAUAUUUCCAGUAGAAACACCCACAUCCAUACCUACCAACGGUGCUACGCCUCACUAUCAAUUACAAUACGCGCAUAAUCCCGAAUUUAAUGUACAAAUUUCAGAUACACGAAGGGCACCUGAAUCAUUGGUACCAAACGAACAGCAAGAUAUUGAUGGACGCAUUAUUCAUCCUAAAUCAUCAUCUCAAAGAGAUAUGCAACAAUUACUUGAAAGAAAUAAAUACCUAGAGGAUCGUGUACGAGAAUUAGAAAAUGAAGUUAUUAAUGAACGUAAAUUACGUGAUCGAAGAGAAUAUUUGGAACAAAGGGUUACAGAACUUGAAAUAGAGAAAAAUCUUCUUAAAUCUCUUUUAUUGGAACGUAAUGGAACACCUGAAACUAAUCAUAUUCAUGAAAAGAAACGCAAGGCAACAUCACCAAUUGAGCCACCAAAUCCAUCAAAGCAUCAAAAGGAUGGAGACCGCAUUAUAAUUCCGCAGUCAUCUCAAUAA